ACUGGCUGGUGAAAUGGCGUGAAAUGAUGAUGAGUGGUUGUGCAAUUUUUCUUUCUUGAUAUUCACCCGUAACAGUGUUUGUGACAUACGUAAAUUUGCAUGGUCAGUGUUUCAUUUUCAUUGCCAUUUUCCACACUCUUAAUCGUAAUUUACUCUGUUAGUAAAGACAUUUCAAGCAAUUUUCCUGCGUUUAAAUUCGAAGAAAUCACCCGAAGGCUCGAAAACGGAAGAAGUCUGAAAUUGGAAUUUUUGCACGUGUCUCGAAAACCUUAACGUUCUCAUACUAACAUAACAGUUAGGCCUGGGCCGGGGCCUUCUUCACAAUGCCAAGUGCAAAGAGCACUUCUAACGCCAAUGGUAAAGAACGUAAUGAUUCCCAGUCUGCCAAGAACAGGGAAGAAAGGAAGGAUCCAUAUGCAGAUCCCAAGAACAGCAAGCUGGGCAAAAGGCUUGCUUACCUCCUGAGAUAUGGAGCAGUUAAGGAGGGACUGACCGUCAGCUCACGAGGCUACGUGAAGGUGACUGACAUCAUGACCGUACCCCUGUUGUCCACGUACUCUGAAGAGACCCUGGUUGAGGAGUUUGACAAAGCCGUCUCGGAACGAGGCCACAAGCGGUACGAGAUGAAGACGGAAAACGGAGUGGUGUACGUCAGGUCCAUCUUCAGUCAGCGAUUUGAGCGGUAUCCUUACCAUGAAGGCACCAAGGUGGUCAGACUACUGGAGAUGUGCCUGCAAUAUGUAACCAUCAACAUAGCCGACUACAGCUUGGAAGGUAUCAUGGAUGAAUACAUCAUCAGUGACAUCGUUCGACGCCUAAAGCGCUCCAAGAGGCUCAACAACACCUCCCUGGCCAGUGUCCUCAGCCCCGACCUGGAGCAGCUGGACCUGAGCGAUGCCUACCUUACCAUGGGCUCCCUCAAGAUGAUCAUGACCCACUCACCCAACCUCAAGAUCCUGAACCUGAAAUUCUGCGGCUACCUGAUCAAUGACGAAUUGCUGAAGAGAUUGAUGAAGAAUCUUCCCCACUUGAUCAACCUGAAUGUCUGCCAGUGCACCCACCUGACCGGCCUGUCCCUGCGCAACGUGGCCAAACUCCUGCCUGCCAUCCAGGCCCUGAAUGUGGCCCGCAUUGAGAACUUCAAGGAGGCUGACAUCCUCAAGUGCCUGGAGAGCUGCAAGGAGCUGAGGCACUUGGACAUCUACCAGUGCAACUUGCCCUUCACGGACGAUUUCUGCACCAAGUUGGUCACAAUCUGCCAGGCCCGACCGAAACUGAAGGUUAUUGAGAAAUAACCAUCCGAAUAUCACAGAGGAUGAAGUGAGAGCACAAGCAUUCGAUCAUCUUUUAAUAUGCCACAGGCCGACAUCGAGGUCACAUGAGCUUUUCAUUUGUCAAAUUCCAAAAAGAGUGUGCACAUACACGAAUACUACUACACUAUUAGGAGAAAUUGUAUUUUUUCAAGAUUCUCAGCUGGGCAUCGCAUUUCUUGAAACAGUUUGACUAAGCACACCCUCCUUUGUCUGGGCAAAUUAAUACUUGACUGUAAUUUUCAGCUCUUCGUGCAGGUGGUGGUAGAGCUGGUCAUCUGCUAUCCUCAUAACAGGGAGAAGAACUUUUUGGACGCAGAGAAAUUAACUUAUGUAACACAUGUACCAACAAUAAAAAUAGAUGCACGUCUUGAGUGGGUACAAAAGUUCUCGUUGCAUUUCUUGAUUUUUUGCUUUUGGUAUUUGAAAUCAUUUAUGUGACUUGAUAAAGUCAUUUAAAGAUAAUGUAAAGAAUUUAUUUUGUACAGUAGAAUAAAUUGUAAAAAUCUUGA